CACAGAUUGUCUAAUUACAAGACAAAGUUCCUCAACAUCCUUUGCUCUUCCUACCAAAAACCCUUGCUCUUCCUCAAUCGAAGUUACUAGACAAAACUUUUUCGAGUACAAAACCCGAAAAAGAAAAAAAAAAUGAGAAAGAAGAAGGACGUCUCUAGAAGAUACAUUGUUCUUCAAUUUUCUGGAACAAUGGAGAAUGGUGUAGAAAUCUUAAAAGAAAACCCCCACAAACGAACCUUAAUCCUUCUUAUAUACAUACGAGAUGGUUUCGAUCGACAUCACCAUUAAAAUCUCCAAGUCUGCAAUAUAAGCAUUCUGAAAUCUCAUAACCUUACAAAUUCUCAGAAACAAUUUUCAAAUUAACCCUCAACCAAAACCCGGAAAUCUCAACAACCCAAAAAUGUCGAUGAUUCCAAGUUUCUUCGGCAACCAAAGGACAAAUGUGUUCGACCCAUUCUCACUAGACAUUUGGGAUCCAUUCCAAGGUUUCCCAUUCUCAGGAUCCAAUUCUUCCUCCUCUGCACUUUCUUUUCCGGCUGGUUCUGAAAUUUCAAAAGAAACAUCACAAUUGGCAAACACAAGAAUUGAUUGGAAAGAAACCCCAGAAGCCCAUAUUUUCCGAGCAGAUCUUCCGGGAAUUAAAAAGGAAGAAGUGAAAGUUGAAGUCGAAGAAGGAAGAGUUCUUCAGAUAAGUGGUGAAAGAAGUAGAGAGAAAGAAGAGAAGAACGAUAAAUGGCAUAGAGUUGAACGCAGCAGUGGCAAGUUUCUAAGGAGAUUCCGAUUGCCGGAGAAUGCUAAAGUUGAUGAAGUUAAGGCGUCUAUGGAGAAUGGAGUGCUGACUGUGAGUGUUCCUAAAUUUGAAGAGAAGAACCCUGAAACCAAAUCUGUUCAGAUUUCUGGUUAAGAGUCCCAUUACCAAUGGAAUGUAUCUCUGGAUAUGUUCUCAAGUCUUGUACUUAAUGUUUGGGUGAAAUGUGAAGAAUAAAGAAGAGGAGAUGUUAUGGUUUGUGGUAAUCUGUUAUUAGUGUCAGUGUUUGUAAUGUCUCAUGUCUGUAAUGGUUUAAAUUAUUUUUGUUAAUCAAAAAAUCAUGGGCUUGUUUCUUGUUUAAAACUUU